AUGGGUAUCCUUGUGCCUGGCAUGGGCAUCCUAUCCAGUGGCAGUGCUCCGGUGUCCGUAUCGGUGGCCAUGUCCGCUGCUGUUACUUUUAAACUAACCAAUGCAGUGUGUGAAUCCUACAACAAAUCCUGGGUGGAGUUCGGUAUAUGUCGACUGCGAGCAGUGGAUCGGAAUAAAGUCUGCCUUAAUAUCGAUGUUAACUUGCUUCAUCCGGUACACGAUGUUAUAGUGAAGGCCCAAUUGCUUAAAAAAGCUAAUGGAUAUAAGCCUUGGCUCUAUAGCGUCAAUUUCGAUGGCUGCCAGUUUAUAAGGCGGAGAAAUAAUGCUUUAAUUCGGCUUGUUUGGGAACUUUUUAAAGAGUACUCGACAAUCAAUCACUCCUGUCCAUAUGUGGGUCUACAACAAGUCAAGAACUUUUAUCUACGAUCAGAGAAGCUGCCUACACCCAUACCCACUGGGGAUUAUCUGUUGAUGAUCGACUGGAUAUUUAAUAAAAAGCCGCAAGCUGCAACAAAUGUAUAUUUUACUUUUGUGGAGGAUCUUAAAAAUAGUUGA